AUUCACGUGCAGAAUCGUUAGCCGUCGUGUGUGCGACAGUGUGGGUGUAGAUGUGUUGGAUUGUAUGUUCUUAUUUUUUUUGUUUUUUGAGCACUUUGAAGAGGCCGGAAAGAUUGUAUAAUUUUUGUACAAUUUAAUUUAAAUGAACUAAUAUAUAUCUAAUUUACUAAGUAAAUACAAAUUAAGUAAUUACAAAUUAAAAUAUGAAAAACGCUAUUCAAGAGAUCACUUGUAAAUCGGAAAAUGCACCGAACGCGGAAGUAAACGAAAAGAAAAAUAGUACAACAUAUUGGUGGCUCAUGCUUGGAAGCAUAAUUGUACUUACUUUAAUCACCAGAUUUUAUAAAGUAACAGAACCUGAACAUGUGUGUUGGGAUGAAACACAUUUCGGUAAAAUGGGCAGUUGGUAUAUAAAUAGGACAUUCUUCUUUGAUGUGCACCCACCUUUGGGAAAGAUGCUCAUUGCUCUGUCCGGGUAUAUGACAGGCUACGAUGGGAAAUUUGCCUUUGAAAAACCAGGAGAUAAAUUUGAGAAUGUCAAUUAUAUUGGUAUGAGAAUAUUCUGCACAAUUCUGGGUGCAUCCAUUGUCCCUUUAUCUUAUCUCAUCGUAUGGGAUCUUACCAAGUCAAUUCGUGCCUCUGCCCUUUCUGCUAUUUUCAUUCUGUUUGAUGUAGGACUGCUGACGUUAAAUCAAUAUAUACUCUUAGAUCCAAUACUACUGUGUUUUAUGAUGUGUGCAACAUGGGGCAUGGCGCGCGUGGCGUCGCUCCAGGAUCGGCCGUUCACGCGAUCCUGGUGGUUCUGGUUAUCGUUUACAGGAGCCUCGCUCGCAUGCACGAUCAGCGUGAAAUUCGUCGGGCUAUUUGUCGUUCUGCUCGUGGGUCUUUACACCAUGUACGAGCUCUGGCGAGAAUUGGGUGAUUUGUCCAAACCUAUCUCUUAUGUGGGGAAACAUUUAUUAGCACGGUGCUUUUGUCUCAUCCUAUUACCGGUUUUACUUUACAUGCUAUUUUUUUAUAUCCAUCUUUCUGUUUUGAAUAAAAGCGGAAGUGGCGAUGGAUUCUACAGUUCCGAGUUUCAGUCUUUAUUACGAGGGAAUUCCUUAUACAACGCAACGAUGCCGCGGCAAUUAGCAUAUGGUGCCACCAUUACAUUAAAAAAUCAUCGUACAGGCGGCGGCUACUUACAUUCUCAUUGGCAUUUGUAUCCCGAGGGAGUUGGCGCCAGACAGCAACAGAUCACUACCUAUUCCCACAAGGAUGACAAUAAUCUAUGGUUAGUGAAGAAAUUUAACACGGACGCGAUACCGUCUGAACCGGAGUUGGUCAAACACGGCGAUCUCGUUCGCUUGGAGCAUAUUAUUACGAGGCGGAAUUUACACUCGCACAAGGAGAUCGCGCCGAUAUCGAAGAAGCACUACCAAGUCACAGGAUACGGAGAGAACGGUACAGGCGAUGCAAACGAUAUUUGGAAAAUAUUGAUAAUGAAUGGACAAAAUGAUGAUGUGGUGGAAACUGUGACGAGUAAAUUGAAAUUUGUACAUUAUCUUCAUCAUUGCGUGCUAACGUGUAGCGGUAAAACGUUGCCGAAAUGGGGAUACAGCCAACAAGAAGUUUCCUGCAAUCCCAACAUGAGAGACAAGAAUGCAUUAUGGAACAUCGAGGACAAUCAGUAUGCCAAAUUACCAAACGUCAGCUUCCGGGUAUACGCUCCGGGAUUCCUCAAUAGAUUCCUGGAGUCACAUGCUGUAAUGCUACAAGGAAAUUCAGAUUUGAAAGUGAAAGAGGGAGAGGUGUCCUCGCGGCCUUGGCAGUGGCCUAUAAAUUACAGAGGGCAAUUCUUCUCCGGAAACAAUCAAAGAAUAUAUCUGCUCGGCAAUCCCAUCAUUUGGUGGGGAAACAUAAUCUUUCUUGCGAUAUUCGUGAUUUUUUACAUUUACGCAUUAGUGCGCGAACAACGGGGCUGCAUCGACGAUGCCGUUAUCCUCGAGCAGCGCGGCAAGAUUACGCAUGCCGGCAAGUGGCUUUUUCUCGGAUGGAUCUUGCAUUACGCGCCGUUCUGGGCAAUGACCAGGGUGCUGUACUUCCAUCAUUAUUUCCCGGCGCUACUGUAUAGUUCCAUGUUGACUGGGAUUAUAUUGAAUCAUAUUAUCGAGUGCCUCCUAUUGUUGCUUCCCGGUAAAGUGGGAAAUACGAUUUACCAUGUCAUGCUGGGAAUUGUUAUUUCCGGUACUGUAUAUAGUUUCUAUCUAUUUUCGCCAUUGGCUUACGGGAUGGACGGACCCUCAGCCAUGGAUCCAGCGAGCUCAAUGCAUUCUUUGCGAUGGAUGGAGUCUUGGGAAUUUUAAAGCCUGAUUUAACCGGCGUAAUGCAAAGUAUUUUAUAUGUACUUAAGUAUUUUAUAUAUAUGAGAACGACUGUGAGAUGCUGGGAAAAAUAUUGAUAUUAUUUAUACAUAUAAUUUAAUUUUUACGAGCUAUAUAGCGAUUUAUAUCAUUGUUUAUAUUUUUUACAAGUUUAUUCAUACAAUAUUGAAACGAUUUAAUAGUAAAUUGAGUCGUUAAUCCACUUUAGAAGCAUGCGAU